AUACAUCUAAACCAAUGGACAUCUAAGCCCAUUCCAUUUUCCUUUUUUAUGCAUCAUCAAUUAUCCUACUACUGAAGAUAUGAACGAACUAUGGGACUGUUUAAUCGGAUGCUUCUACCACUUAAGAUUCUUUAAAACUUAAAGACUUAAAUGCUGAAAGAAACCAAGCAAUGGAAUCCAAUUUGUCCAUCUUUACAACUCUCCUGACUAUGGAAUCACUAGAUAUACAUCCAUCUAACAUUAUCCCAGCUUUCAUAUUCGGAGCUCUAACAUAUUCUGCCAUUCUGUUCUUCAAUAUAACUGAAUUGCUCACAAUUGCUUUCAACAGGAAACUCCAUAAACCAAUGUAUAUUCUGUUGUUUAAUCUGCCAAUCAAUGAUAUGAUGGGAGCAACGGCCUUCUUUCCUCAGCUGUUGUUUAGUAUAUUGACUCAGAACAGAUCAAUCUCCUACACUGCUUGCUUUGCGGAAGCUUUUCUGAUUCAUAUGUAUGGAGCUGGAUUAAACGUCACUCUCGUUGCUAUGGCCUACGACAGAUAUAUUGCUAUAUGUUCACCAUUGAAAUAUAACACACUGAUAUCUGCAAAUAACAUGUUUAAAGUCAUCGUCAUGUUAUGGAGUUUAGAUUUGGCUCUGAUUGGUUUAAUGCUUGCUCUGAAUUACCGCAGACAGAUCUGUAGUAGAACAAUAGUCGACAUGUUCUGCAAUAAUCCGUCUUUAAUGAAGCUGAUUUGUGAGGACACGAGGGCGAAUAACUACUAUGGACUUUUUACUUUAGCAUUUUUCCAAGGAGUGCCUCUGCUGAUUGUGAUAUAUACCUAUAUUCAAAUCUUAAUCACGGUCAUCUAUAAAAGACAGUCUGAUGCUAAAAGUAAGGUCAUUCAGACCUGUGGUACUCAUCUUAUUGUUUUCUUAAGUUUUGAGAUCAAUUCGCUCUUUGCUUUGAUUUCUCACAGAUUUGAGGCAGUAUCUCCAAACCUGAGAAGGGCCUUCGGUGCUUCUGUGAUGAUUUUUCCUCCAAUAUUUAAUCCCUUAAUUUAUGGACUGAGAAUGAAGGAAAUUCGACAGAAUCUUAUUUUCCUCCCUAAGAGAAAAGUUUCCCCAACGAAACAUAAAAAUAGAAGGUGAAGUAAGAAUUACAGCAAGAAAAGAAUUAAGUACCAUAACUAUUUGAUUCAGAAUUGUCUUUGUGAUUCAAAGCUUUGCAUUCUUGCUGAUUUGACUUGCAAAUGGCAUAUGGAAUACAUAUCGUCGCUGUCCAAUGAAAAACAAUUAUCUCCAAAAGAGCAACUUUACAGGAGAGAGAAAAAACCUUGUAAACUUUCAAUGGAAGUCAAUGUAAAAAGAGUUUAUUUCAGUUAAUUUUGAAGAGUUUCUAUUGGUCCGUUCGUCAAGAAAUUUAUGCACAGUGUAAGGGACAGUUUGUCUGUUUAAAUAGUGUAGUAAACUAAAAAUCGACAAACAUGGAGAAAAGUGUUUUUUUUUAUAGGACAGCGACGAUACACACAAAUAAUUCUUUAUUUCAAAGUAUGUUUCUACUGAUUUCCCCUAAAAUCUUAUUAAAAUAAAAAAAUAUACACACAUAAAAGGUAUGAAUGAUUUACAUAAACCUGUAUCUGUUGGCAAAGAGAAUAAAUCAUAUAUGUGCUGCUUAAUACAA